AUGGAAAACGAGGUUAUAACUAUUAGGGGAAAUCAAACCCUAUCUAGGCAAUGCUACAUGGCAACGAUGGGCAGCACGGUGGAAACGAUGAACAUCGAUACACCGGAGCUGCUCCUCAGAGAGAAGAAAGCUCAGAAACCCCGAGAAAACUUAGAAACGAUUGAACUUAUAGAGGGAUCCGAGAUGUGUGUAAAGCUGGGGGUAGAUUGGCCAAACGAACACCGGGAAGCUAUCAUAGCUCGGAUAAAACAGUAUGUGGAGGAGUUUACCAACAAGCCAGAGGAUAUUGGGGGGGUAGACCCGAAGAUAAUCUCGCACAAGUUAAACGUGGAUGCUAAAUGCAAGCCUGUCAAGCAAAAGAAAAGAACUUUCUCUCUAGAGAAACAGAUUGCUAUCCGAGACGAAGUGGAGAAGCUUUUGAAAGCCGGAUUCAUCAGGAAAGUAGAUUAUCCGGAGUGGCUGGCUAAUGUGGUCUUGAUCAAGAAGUCCAACGGUAGAUGGAGGCUUUGUAUAGAUUUCACUGAUCUAAACAAUGCCUGUCGUAAAGACAGUUUUCCUCUGCCGAACAUUGACCAACUGGUGGACGCAACACUCAUGAAUCAUGUUUUCAAAGAUCAACUGGGCAAGAACGUCGAGGUUUAUGUAGAUGACAUAGUCGUGAAAUCCAAGGGGAUCGAGGAUCACGCAGAGGAUCUGGCAGAAACUUUCAAAAAGCUGAAGGGUUUCAACCUCAAGCUGAACCCGGAAAAGUGUGUCUUUGCAGUCCGGUCUGGGAAAUUUCUAGGGCACCUCAUCUCGGAAAAAGGCAUCGAGGCGAACCCGGAGAAAAUAGAGGCAGCAAUGAAUAUGAAAGCCCCGAGCUCGGUAAAAGAAGUGCAAAAGUUGAACGGAAGAGUCACGGCGUUGGGAAGCACACACCCAGUGCUAGGUAGACCCGAGCCAGGGGAAAUCUUAUAUUUGUAUCUCUCGGUGAAUGACGAGACAGCAGCGGCAGUCCUGGUAAAGGAAGAUAAAGUGGCGGCGGAAAAGCUAAGGAGAUAUUUCGAGGCUCACAUCAUUGUAGUACGGACGAACCAACCUCUGAGAAAGGCGUUGCAGAGGCCAGAAAUGUCGGGACGGCUGGUCAGCUGGUCGGUCCAGCUGGGAGGAUACGACAUCCGGUAUGAACCAAGACCGGCUCUAAAAGCACAAGUAUUGGCAGAUUUCAUAGCCGAGACCACAGCAAGUGACCAACCUGAGGAACCUGACGAACAACUUCUACGGUGGGUCUUAGAAGUCGAUGGGGCAUCAAAUCUGGAAGGAUCUGGAGCAGGCGUAGUCUUGAAAGGCCCUCACGGAGUCACACUCUGA